GCGAGGUAAGGGGCAUUUUACGUUGUUUGAGCCUCAUGCGCAAUUUUGCUCCCUUUAUUCCGGGCGACUCGUGAUGAUCACGGGAGGAAACACAAACACGCGCUGAAACAUGUGGACGGGCUUGAGAGACAACGGCAGCUCUGUUCGUGAAGAACCACAGGACCUCAACCUCACACAGAUAGUUUCCCCAGUGUCUUCAUGGCUCUCUUCCAGCUCUGGCAGAAAUGGCUCGGUAACCAGCAGUCCACCCCCUCUUGCUGAGAGCCCCAUGAAGAGAGAGAGUGGAAUCAUACCAGGUGCGAUUGCCGCAGCAGUGUUCAUAGGCUUUCUGUUAGCCCUCUAUGCUUUUCUUUGGAAAUGCAUGGUUACACAACCUAAAAGGAGGAAAAAGAGAGUGAGUUUGAAGGCUCGUGAACAGAGGUCUCUCACAUGCUGACAUCUGGACGGGACGUCCUACGAGAUCCUGAGUUACUGACGUUGGCUCUCAUGACCAAUUCGUCCGUAAUUUACAAGGAGGCUAUUUCGUAUGAUCUCGGUCGUAUGCAAUCUAACUCGUAAAACACGUACGAUUCAGCAAAGAUCAUAUGAAUUUGUAUGAGCGAGGUCAAAUUAGCCACCUCGUAAAAAAUCGUGGGAUCUGGUGGUAAAAAUUUCUCCUGCUGUGUGUAAGCACCAUUGAGCUCUGUUUGGGUCUUAUUUAGACAACAUUUCAUGCAUAAGGGAACAAGAUGCUUUUAGCUCUACAUGGUCUUCAACAGAUCAAUAUCCGCUGCGUUUCAUAAGUCGUCGAUCGGGUUCUGGCUCGGUUCGUUUGACGGUCAGAACGGGGAGUUGCAUUUUAGAAAAUGGUUCUGAAAAUGUCAAAUUUAGUCAUUAAACUGAAUCUUGUUUUUGUAUAUUACGUGUUCAUAUAGAGAAUAGCAAGCACAUGUGUGCUCUCGAGGUAUGCGUGUAUGGUUUACUUUGUGAAAGCACCACAGAAGUCCACUAGAUGGCAGAGGGCUCAAUGUUUUUCUUACUUGAUGGCGCAAGGAAAUCCAGCCAAGAUGCACAGUAGAGUCUUUCGGUCUUUAGAGGUUUAUCUUUAUAGACUUACGUGUUUGGGCUGUUCAUUUUAUUGCUGAUAGCUAUGCUAAUUAAUACAUAAAAGAUAUAAUAAAUUUGAAGAGACUCGGCCCUUGUUUUUCUCCAAACAUCCCCUUUGACCAUAGUGAACUCUGCACCAGUGAAUGAGUGCAUGUGUGAGUGAGAGAGAUUUCCCUUAUGCAGCAGUAUUGACCAGAGAGCAGCAGAUUAAUAGGUUAAAGUCUUUGGGUACGUGCGUGUGCGUGUGUGUGUGUGUGUGUGUGUGUGUGUGUGUGUGUGUGCGCGCGUGAACAUAAGAAUUGCACAUUUUUACUGCAGGUGCUUUGUUUGCACAAUUUAUGUACUUUUACAUAUUUUACUUUUCCUGCAUUAGUGUCAUUAAUUCAAUCGGUUUUCAUUAAGGUUUGAUUAAAUCCCUUUUAGUGCAUGGCAUGUAAGUUAGACUGUAUAAAACCUGUUUUUUAUUGCACAGAUGUUUAAUAUAGAAUGUUGUGAAUCAAAACCAAUAAAUGUGAACUUGUGCGUUUGACUA